AGCUCAAAUUUAUUUAAAAUUAGUAAAAGUUAAUAUAAUUACCUUUUUGCCUUGUCACAAUACUUAAAAAUCUACAACUUUGACCCACUAUCGUUUGUCACCACUUUUAUGGUGUGACACUAGCACUUCACUGCACUCCACUACCGGCUCUCCAACAUAUCAUCCACCUUUCAUCGCCAUGGCUACGCUGUCUGACGUACAACAGCUCCAGUGCUCUCUUGAGGCCUCACUGCACCAGCGCAUGAGUGACUUCGAGUCGCAGCUCAAGACUUCUGCUGAGCCGUCAUCACUUGCCCGACUGUACGACGAAUUCCGGGCAUUCAAGGAAACUGUCCACGGCAUCCUGCAGCUGUUGCGUAAGCAGAUAAGUGAGGUCUCCAAAGUUACUGACACAUUGGAGAUGAGGCAUCGUAGAAAGUGCCUACUGUUCGGCGGUAUCUCAGAGGAUCCCAAGGAGCAGACUUCUGCCGUGAUAUGUGGCAUUCUGAGUGAUCGUUUUGAUUUGAAGGACAUAAGCUCCUCUACAUUCACAGCAUGUCAUAGGCUUGGACCUGCAGCCAAGGGUCGUAUACGGCCUAUUUUGGUCCGCUUUGUUGACCACUCGACAAAGACAGCGGUUUGGAGAAAGAAGACUGUCCUGAAGGGGACCUCUACUGUGCUCUCCGAGUUUCUCACACGCACUAGGCAACAACUUUUUACGGAAGCAAGGAAAAGAUUUGGCAUCACAAAUUGCUGGACUUUUGAUGGUAACAUAUUUGCUAAGUUGCCCAACGGGAUGCGUCGCCAAAUUCAUAGUGAGCAAGAUUUGGAGUGCCCCAAGCAGCCUGUUUCUGCUGGACCGGCGAGGGAGAGCCCAGCCACAGCGGACAAGAGGAGCAAGACCGCGUCCACCUCGGCCCCGCAGCGCUCCAAACGCAUGGUCACCAAACAGGUUGCCGGGAAAUAAUUGUACCCUCCAUAAUAUCUUCUGACUAGGCUGUUUCCUGAGGUACCUAUACCCACAUUUACAUUUUAGAGCACUACCUAUUAUCUUUGUUUACCUUUUACGAACACUUUUUC